AGGUGCAUCGACACAUUAUGUUUGGAAGGAAGUCUCCAUGAUCAUCGGAGUAUUUAUUCCGAUAUCGACAGAUCAACCACGCCGCACCACGAGGGGUGUGUUAAUAAAUAUCUUAGGUCUGUCCCUGACCAUUUUUCACGAGUCAACUGGACUGUUGGAGCCAGCCUCUGAUCAGGGGCAGACGGCUCCACAUUCGGAGGCGCAGCAAUGGAGUCCGGCGAGCUCAUGAUCCGACCCGGGCCGUCCGUCGCCUCCAAACCCGACGGCCACGGCGGCUGGCGCGCCGCGUUCUACAUCGUCGUGGUCGGGUUCUUGGAGCGCAUCGGGUUCUACGGCGUGCAGGGCAAUUUGAUAAUGUACCUGACCGGCCCACUCGGCAUGUCCACGGCGGCCGCGGCCGCCGGCGUGAACGUGUGGGCCGGGACCGUGCAGGUGCUGCCGCUUAUCGGCGCGCUCGCCGCCGAUUCGUGGCUCGGGCGGUUCCGCGCGGUCCUGGCCGCCGGCGUGCUCUAUCUGCUGAGCUUGGGAAUGCUGACGGUCUCAUCCGCGCUGGAAGCAUCGCAACCUCUCGCCGCGAGCUCGCCGUCUUCUGCCCGGCUCGCCUUCUUUUACGUCGCUCUCUACCUGCUGGCGCUGGCGCAAGGCUUCCACAGGCCGUGCAUCGAAACCCUCGGCGCAGACCAAUUCUCGCCAAGCGACGGCGACCCCGGCGCGCGCGCGUCCCGGAGCUCCUAUUUCAACUGGUUCCACUUCUCCAUCUCGUGGGGCUACGCCGCCUCCACAACGGCGGUGAGCUACGUCGAUGACAACGUCGGCUGGACUGUUGGGUUCGGCGUGUGCUGGGCCACGAUGGUGCUGUGCCUUGCCGUCUUCUUGCUUGGCGCGCGGACGUAUCGUGCCGAGCAACCCGUUGACGGCAGCCCGUUCGUUGAGACCGUGAGCGCAUGGGCCGCGAGGGUCUUCCAUCGCAAGGACGACAGUGGCACGGAAUGGCUUCUAGAUCGAAAACCUGAGGAAGGUAAGGGACUCGUCGUUAAGCUGCUCCCAAUAUGGCUGUGUGGCAUGGUCUACGCAGCCGUCACUUCGCAGGUCUACACUCUGUUUACCAAGCAGGCCAGCACACUGGACCGGCGCCUCGGCGCGGCAACGGGCCUCGUCGUGCCUCCCGCGGCGCUCCAGUGUUUAGUCAGCUUCACCUUUAUCACCAUGCUCCCGGUCUACGACCGCGCCUUCGUGCCCCUCGCAAGGCGGAUCGCCGGGCACCACGCGGGCGUGACGACGCUCCAGCGCAUCGGAGCUGGCAUGGCAAUGUCCUGCGUCGCCAUGGUCGUCGCGGCGCUCGUGGAAGCCAGGCGGCUCCGCGUGGCCUCGGACGCGGGCCUGAUAGACCGGCCGGACGUGGCGGUGCCAAUGAGCCUGUGGUGGGUGGUGCCUCAGCACGUUCUGAUUGGCCUGGCGGGGGUGUUGGGCGAUAUCGGCCUCGAGGAGUUCUUCUACGACCAGGUGCCCGAUGCGCUCCGCAGCGUCGGGCUCGCGCUGUCCCUUAGCGCCAUGGGCGCGGGCAGCUACGCCAGCGGUAUGCUCGUGUCGGUGAUCGACUGGGCGACGAGGAGCAGCGGGCAGAGCUGGUUCUCCGAUAACCUGAACCGAGCGCGCCUCGACUACUUCUACUGGCUUCUGGUGGGGCUCGUCGCUUUGGAGGUGACCGCGUUCUUGCAUUUCGCAAAGCGAUUUGUCUACAGGAACAAAACGAGCUGUGAUCCUUGAAACCUUGAAAGUGCAAAUGAUUUCCUUGGGUGGAAGGUGUAAAUUAAAUGUAAGAGCAUAAAAAGGGAAGGUAAAUUAAAUGUAAGAGCAUAAAAAGGGAAGGUAAAUGGGUGUGAUUUCAUUUCUGCAA